UUGUACUGAUUCGUAUUAACGCUCAGACUGUACUAAAAGGAAACAAUCGGGACAUCAAUUCUGCUCCUCUAGAUGUUCUCUAAACUUCAGAAAUUCUUGCAAUAAGUAAUGCUUAACGAAAAAAUGUCUGAGAGAAAAGAUAAAUAUGAUGUUCGGUAUGAUUCGACUACUGGAAAAUCGGGUGAAAAAACACGUCAAUUCUAUAAAUUGUUACUGCCAUCUGUACCUGGACCGUGUAGAAAUAGCACUUUGCCAAAUUACAGCCAAACCGUGCCUGCUUUAUCCACCUCAACUACAUCAAUUUGCUGUUUACAUCAAAAACCAAGCUUUUUAAAAACAGAUACAACAAGUACUGAAUCACCUUCUGGAAUAACAACAAAUAAAACUAACUGUGAUACCUUACCAAAUGUUGGUCUCCCUUCUGUUUACCCGAAUAAGCUAGUUUUUCAAAAGUUGACAAACGAAGUGCAACCAGUAAAACAAGUUAAUGCAAUUGAAAAACAACUAAUAAAAAUGCUAUACAAGCAUUACUAUUCCUACGAUUUACUAGACGAUCGAGAAUUUCAAGAAUUUUUACGACUAUUGCAACCUACAUAUACACUUCCAUCUCGAGAAAUCUUAACAAACGAUUUGAUUCCCAGACUUUUCAAUGAGACGAGGGAAACGAUUAUGAACGAACUAAGCCAUACUACAGCAGUUUGCUUAACGUUAGAACGAUGCUCAGCUACUAUUUAUGCUAUAACAGUACACUAUAUAAGCUCAAGUUUGAAGUUACGUUCUAAUACAUUGGAAUGUUUCGAAAUCAACAUAAAACAUACUUCAAAUGAUAUCGCAGAUAAGCUGAUGCAUAUUGUGAAAGAUUGGAAAAUUACUUCAAAAAUUAUCGGUGUUGUUAAUGAUUACGAUAAUAGCAUUGUAAAAGCUAUUAAUCUAUGUAACUGGAAGAGUAUACCAUGUUACGCUCAUUUACUUAAAUUAGUGGUAAAGAGUGGAAUAAAAGUUAUCGAAAACAUCGUGAAAAAAUUCAAGAAUAUUGUAAAAUACCUAAUACAACACGGUGAUGUCAGAGCAGAAUUUACGUUUAAUCAGAAAGAUAUUAAUUUCAGUGGGUUAAUUUUAGACGAAGAUGUUUCUAUUAGAUGGAAUUCGACUUUAGAAAUGUUAAACUUAAUUCUUGGAAAUCAAGAACUGAUCAAGUCCACUCUAAGUGCUUCGUCAGAAAUGAAUUUUAAUACUGAUUAUCUUAAUUGGAAUGUCAUUGAUGAUGCAAAAAACUUAUUAUCAAGUUUUGAGGAAGCAAGAAAAGAUAUCAGCGAAGAUAAUACUAUUAAUAUAUCUAAAGUUUCAAUUUUGUCACAAAUGUUAAUAAAUCGUAUAGAAAGAUAUUUAGAGGAACCUCAUUGUCCUAAAGAAAUUGAAAACAUGGGGAAAAGACUAAUAGAAAAUUUACAUAAAAAAUUUGGGGCAGUAGAAAAAGAGAAGUUAAUUGCCCAGGCAAUAAUCUUAGAUCCACGAUUCAAGAAACAAGGAUUUGUUAACGAGAAGGAUUUUAAUAAUGCAUGUGAAUCUUUAAUCUUGAACUUUGAUGUAUUAGAAGACACAAUCGAAAAUACUAUCACGACAGUGAUCGAAAAAUAUAAAAGCAAUUCGUCUGGAUCGCUUUGGAACGAAUUUGAUGAAUCUACCAGUAAACUCAGAAUUAAAAAUGAACAAUGUAUUACAACCAAUAGAGAAUUGAAAGAUUAUUUAGCAGAACCUCUACUUGCAAGGGAAUUAGACCCUUUGGAGUGGUGGGAAGAAAAGAAGUUAGAUUAUCCGAAUUUAUAUGAAGUUAUGUUGAAGAGGUUGUGCAUAAGAGCGUCAUCCGUUUCUUAUAGUAAAUUAUUUUCAAAGGCUGGGGUCAUGUGCAAUGAGAAGGCGUGCAAAUUAACUUGUUCAGAAUUAUCGAAGAUUCUAUUUUUAAAUAGUACUUUAUAGUAGAUUUUUUACUUUUCAUAAUGUCGUUUAAUUCGAUACUAAAUCAUUAACAGAAUUUAUUAUAAUGUUAGUUAGACUUAUAAUUUUCAAAAAAGAAUACCUCAAAAUAAAAGUGACAGGGGAGUAUUCCAAACUCAAUUCAAAACUUUAUGAAAAUAAUUAUAAAACUCUAAAAUGAACUUGAAUUUUCUUCUGGCAUUAUUCUUGUCCUGUAAAUUAAUCGCUUUUGUAAAAUAAAUAGGUUUUUCUUUAAUAAAAUCAUCUUUUUAUAACUCAGUAUUAGAGUUACAUAAAGCUACUAAUAGCAAUAUUACGCGUAUAUAAAUAGUAAAAUUCACUGUUGUCAAUCCUUUAUUGUCAUAAAAUGGUUCUUGAUAAUUUAAUGCGAUGUAAUAUCAAGACCGUAAAAAUACAAUAAAAUAUCGAAAAUAUUAUCUUAUAUUAAUGAAUAGUUUUGUUUUACUGAUUGUGGGUAAAAAAUUAGUCAUAAAACGUUAAAAUAUAAUAGAAACACUUUAUUAAUAUUAAUGCUAUUUGGUGGAAUUCUUUUUAUAAUGUAAAUUACACUGUGUGUUAUGAUAAGACUGCAUAAAAAGUCGGAACAUAAAGGAAUUGCCAGGAUCAAUAAUUUUUUAAAAUUCCGUAUGUAAUUUUCUGUUUUGUAAUAUAAUAAUAUAUAUGCAAUAGUACAGAAUUUACUGGGCUUUAAAUGUUUUAAAUUUAGUUGUGUUGAUAUUUCGUUUGGCUACUGUCUUAAAAAUAUCGUAAUAGUUAGUAAUAGUUUACUUGCGGGAAGGCAGCGUAACAUGUUCAGCAUCAAUAGGCAUUUUGCCAAUUCGGAGCAGAAGCUAUUAUUACGUAUCAGACUAACUAGAUACUCUUUUUUAUCUUUGUUUCUUCCAACAAAGAAAUCGAUGUAUUUUUCUUUCUGUUCGGGAGAAAUUCUUUUCUCGUUUCGUCAGUAACACGUUGACGGCUAGUAACAACAAUUGUCAUUUACUCACAAAGUCCGAACGAGUCGUUUGUUAUGAAUUCUUUAACACAUUUUCAAUGCAGAUAUUCGUCAAAUCGUCUAAAAUAACAAAAAAUUCCAUUUUGCUUCUUUAGUUUGGUUUGAAAAUUGUCGUUCUUAUUAUUGUCGAUGCAUUCCAGUACGGCAUCAAAAAGAUUUUUCUCUCCUAAUUUACGUAAUUCAAUUACAACUAAAGCAUGGAAAUAUCUCAAGUAACUUCGACGAUCUUCAUCGAUUCCCCAAUCGUAUGCGAAUUUUUUAUAAAUGGUCGUUUUCCCGUAUCCCGGAUCAUAUGUAAUUAAUACUGUUCGGUACUUCUUAGAUCUACUGAUAAAAAUCUUUUGUAUUUGUAUAAUUUCGCUGGUUUUUCGUCCAAUCAUAUCUGUCUUUUGGAGUAUAACGUUUACAAAACAUUCUUUAAUUGGAAAGUCAUUGUGUCCUUUGUUCUAGAUUAAGGAUCUCAUAUAUGCAUAAGUAAUCUUGUAACUUCAUUAGCUUUUCUAGGUAUAUCUUUAACUUAACUGAAAUGAAAUUAUUACAAAAAAUAACUUUUAGUUUAACAGUAGAGACAAAUGCAGAGAUAGAAAAAAUGACACUUUUCAUAUAUUUAAUAAAUUCUUCAGUAAUGUACAACUUAUUCGAUAAGUUUAAUACCACAAGGGUUAAAUAUAACGAGUUUUUUUUUUUACACAGAGUGGUACUUCAACUGUAACAGAAUAAAGACAAUCCUAACUUUUAGUUUGUUUUGCCUCUAUAGCUUUAUUUUAUUGAUUUUUUUUAUAUUUUUGACUAAAUUGGACUUUGUCUUCAGCAGGUUCACAGCAAUAUGUUAUAACAAAUUUAAAAAGAAAUUUAUUUUAAAAAUAACGAAAUUGUACCCGACAAUGAUAUUUAAAACGUAUUAUAUAGCAUUGUUUAUCCCUUUCGCAGGUAGACUUAUGUACGAAAUCUAGCUGCUUAUUAACGAAAAACAGUUUAUGUUUUAAUAAUGAAGUUACUGAAAUUUUUAGUUCAUAGGUUGAAGCGAAUUUAUGUAGUUUUUUUUAUCAAACGAUUAUACAAUGUAUAAGCUGUUGAAAGUGAACGUCUUAAACUAACGUAACACACUCCAAUUUCAAGAUAGCGUAAUGCUGUUUUUUUAAUCAUUACGAAUGUAUGUUAAAUUUCCUUUAAAUUCACAUGUCCACAACUUAGAAAAGUCAGCUAUUCGCUCUGAGAAAUGAUUGUUACAAUAUUGUGAUUUAUUUUAUUUUAAUCACAAGAAAUAUAAAUAUUUAAACAAUAAAUACUGUAUAAUUAUUUCUGUCUCAGUUAUUAAAGUGUAAAAGAUAUUGUAAGUACAGUAUUCUAAUCGGUCAUAUUUUGACUUUCCAUAAGUUUACAUUCCUGUAUGUUUUACGUUAUUCCUAUUCAACCUAUCCCAUCAACAUAGACUUAUAUUAGUAAUAAAAAAUUAUUUAUUAGUGUUGGUCUGUACUCUGCUUUAUAUCUGAAGGCCUCUUAGACCAAACGUAUUUAAAUUUUCUUAUAUAAUCUUCACUGUGUAACGGCAUCAACUCUACCUUGAUUGAAGAAUCAUUAUUCAAUGAAUUGUAUUGAAAAAAUAAAAUAACACCUCCUGUAUUUUCAGCGAAUUUACAGUUAUGAUAUUUAUAUUUUUCAGGCAACAUUUCUUCGUAAUAAUUUAAGUCUGUGCCUUCUAUUUUAUUCAUUUGUUUAAUUCAGCUAUGACAACAGAAUACAUUCCUAGCAAUCACGACCCGCCAUCUUCGUUCUGUCACGUAAUUCAGUGGCAAGUAAAUUAAAAUUAUGAAUUAAGCAAUGACUUUACUUG